AUGUCUACUAUCAACAAGAAGACAUUCCCGAUGUGUGGCGUCUCGUAUGUCAGCCGAAUCGAACACGAAUAUCUCCACAGCAAGAAACUAUCAGUCUGUGCCAACUGCCUGGCAUUGGGAUUCCAAAAGCCUCUGAGACGCUGUAAUGGCUGCUUGUUGAUUGAUUACUGCUCGAGAGAGUGUCAAAAAGCACACUGGCCCGUCCAUAAAUCCUUUUGCAACCUUGUCCAGGGCAAAGGUGCUCCAAAUGCAUACUUGUCGUCUUUGGAGCGCAGUCAAGCGCUACGGAUGAUUGUUGAUGCCUAUCGACUCCGAGUUGAGACGGACCAUCUCUCACGGGAGGAAGACCAUGGGAUAUAUUAUCCAGGAAAGCCAAUCGACGGAUUGGUUUGGGUAAAAGGUGAUGUUGUCGAUGAUUUUCAGCGGUUUCUCGAUCUAGUGGAGGGCACCUCCAUCUUACCUGAGUGGUGGCACUCGGAAGAGAGGAUGGAAUGUCUGGUUCUAGCAACCGAUAAGGGCGACCCGGAGUCAAUAUUCAAGCCACUGAACCAAGCCGAGCUUCCUACAAGAUACGGUGGUGACAUGUCGGUACGGGUGGCUCUCGCAAUCAUAGCGGAGAUGGUAGUGGGCUAUGAUGGAAAAGGCCCGGCGAGAGAUGACACCUGGUUCCAAGACUUUCAAGAAUUUUUAGAUCUCCAUCCACAUGAGAGGGCACGUCUGAUAAAGGGAAGCAUAGAGAUGGCCGAUCAAGUCCUCAGAGAACAUGGCGAGCAGUUCAGGUAA